AUGGCUAGCAGAACAGUGCAUGUGCGGAUGUGGAUAUAUGGAGUGGAGACGAGAAAAGAAGGACUUUCUGGAAAAAUGGGAGAGGGGUUGGAGAUAGGAGAGAAGGGGGAGGGAAAAUGCGCGAGAAGAUGUGAGAAGAUAUGCGAAAAGAUGGGUGAGAAGAUAGACUACAUUGCCCUAGGCAGAACACAGCGGACGGCGUUAAACAACCUGAAGGCAGAAAAAAGUCCCACGCAUGAAGGAAGACAAGCAGACCAGGAUAACUGUCUGAGAGGGAGCGUACAGUGGGAAUAUAUUUGGGAUCCCUGGUUGGGAAAGGAGGCCUUUUCGGGCUCCUCGUUAAGAGUUGACGAUUUCUGGCGAGAUGGGUGA